CUGCCACCACCACGACCGACUUCGUUCUUCUUCGCUCUACUCAGCCAGCUUCCCUCGCAAGCAGACGACGGUCCGUAUCUCUCGGCGGAGUUGCGCCUCUUGCUGUCGCUAGCUCACCGGAUUCUCACCUGCACGUUCUUCUCGGCCAGUCUUCAAGAUGCCGGAGUACGAUUUGGACGAGUCUGGUAAAGUCGAUCUUGCUCAGUAUGGUAUUCCUCCGUAUGAGCCUGAAACCUCGCCAUACAACAGGGACAGCCUCGCCGAGUGGGAGGACUCCGACACCGAGCCUGAUGGGGCAGAUGACAGCACCGACAGAGAUGUCAGCGAUGACGACGACACAGGAUCAAAACCCUGGACAGUCUCGAGGCUUGCUGAAGUUGAGGUGCAGCUUUCUUCAUGGGGGAGAAUCCAAAACCCGCUGAAGGCCAAGUAUGCCAGAGAGAUUGCAUGUUUGAGAUUCGCCGAGCCGCCCACCGAAGACGAGCUUGAGAAGGAAAUCAACUUCAUUGAGAGCAUCGACUCUCUCAAUGUCGUCAGAACAUACAAGUCAUAUGGCGAUCUCAAUAGUGGUGACCCGAUGUACCGGCAGUUCCAUCCAAAGGGGUCAAGGUUUUUUCCAACUUCAAAGAUCGCACAGUGGGUGCGUGGGGAUCAGGGAGCGAAAUACUUUGACCCCCCGGAGGCAUUUGACAUCCGCUGGGAAGAUGAUGGACCAGAAGAUAUUAUCUGCGCCGACUACGAAUUCAAUCGCGGACUUCUGGGAAAUCCAAAACAUGUCCCGACCGACUCCAAGGCAAUCGCCGAGAUCUUCGCAUCAGCGAUUCAAUAUCCGACUAAAUUGAAGAUUUGGCAGCUCUACAUCAACAUUGUCCGAGAGAAAUUGAACUCGGGUCACAGAUUGCUGGACCUGGUGCUACCUCGGCGGGAACCACCUCUCAAGGAAUUAGAUGUCAACAACCAUGUCUGGGCAGCCAUAGAAAACCGAGCACUAUUCAAGGAGGUUCGAAAAGUGCGCGACUGGUUUUACAUUGAGGCUUUCGACCUGAGCAAGAACCCGAUGCUGGCCGAGGGACCUUUCGCAUGCCCCGAAGAAGAUCCUACAGGCGACUUUAGCAUUGAGGGGGUCCCCCAGUACUGGAAGUUUUGGGUGUCGAGGGACAUCUCAGGCCCUGUCAACACACAGCAAAAACCGGCUAAAGUUCCAGAGCUCGGCACAGCCGAUCUCAAUGCCCUCCUGAACUCAGCGCCAUCGGCCGCCACAGAAUGGACCUCUACUCAGCGGGCGCGAUGGGCGACAGACAGAACCGGAGAAGAAUGGGAUGACGGUAUCCGGGGGUGGACGGGCGCCGACAAAAAAAACACCGAGCUGCUACGGCAGCGCCAUGACAACAUCCCCUACAACCAGUUGAGAAACGACAAUCUCCCGGCGUUUUUUCGCAAGUUAACAUGCAAACAAGCGGGAGACCUCGUACGAGCUCUAAAAGAGGGCAAAGUCAAAGACCUGACUCAGAGUCAGGCAAAAGAAUACUGGCCUGAAGAUUUAGACUCAGGUGGCAAACUACGGGCUAAACGAAAGCCGUGGGCCGAUAGCUACCACGGCCCAGAUCUCGGUGCACUUGCACCAGCGGGAGCAAACAUCGGCGGGAGCGAUAUAACAGGCAAGACACCCUGGGAGCAAAAAUGUCCGAGAACCUUCAUCUCCGCCGGCCGCUUUAUGGUCGAGGACGUCGAUUUUCGACUGCCAGCUAGAAAGCAAGCUACCGUCUACCAAACACAGAUCUCGAGACUGGAAAGUGAGAUCAGUGCGCUUAAGCGAAAAGCCACUGAGCCGCCCACACCUAUAGCCUCUAAGCGGCUAAGGACGUCUUCGAUAUCCAGCACCGUCAGCGAGAGAGGACGCACGAUCAAGGAGCUCGCUGCGCGAGACCGCGAUAUUUCGAAGUUGAAGUCCGCAAAUGCAAAACUCAUAGCCGACGCGGCAGCAGACGCCGAGUACCACGCUACACAGCUCGCUGACCUCAACGAGGAACUGAACAUUGCGCGCGAUGGUAUGAAGGACCAGAACGAUCUCGGCGCGGAAAAGAAAGCAUUCGAGGAAAACAAUCAAGAAGUCACCGCUCUUUGCUCGCUCCUAAAGAUGACUGUGGAGGCUUUUCAGGCCCGCCUGUCAAAAAGUCAACAAGGUCUCAAGCCCGACCUUAGAUACGAUCUGCAGGCCUUGGACUAUCGAAAUCCGCGGUUACAGCCAAUAAUCGAAGACAUUUUCGGGCGAGCAAUGCCAGAAAAGCUCGGAUUGGCGCCUACCGGCCCACAACCUGAGCCAUAUCAUGGAGACUCGGAAAGCAACGCGUUUACACUACGCGAGAAAGUACCGCGCCCAGCUUAUGACAGACAAGGGCUGUGGCGAAGAGGAUGCCACCGAGAUGGUCAAACAGGAGAUUUCUAAGUAUUUGGAGGAUCAUGUUCUAGCCCCGUGGAUGGGGAAAGGAUGGACUCACCUGGCAACAGACGGAAAUGAGCCAGAAGAAGAGGAGUCACAAGAUAAGGUACCCGAGGAAGAAAUAUUCUAAAGGUCGGCGAGCAUAUGGAAAUAGGGGCUGAUGGUCGGCGAUUUGAGAUCGACGAGCAAAUGGAUACUGGGCUGGUGGUCGGCGUGUUAGAGGUCGGCCAGUAGAUGGAUAUUGGGCUGGUGGUCGCCGUGUUGGCGGUCGGCGAGUAGAUGGACUGGGCUGGUGGCCGGCGUGUUGGCGGUCAGCAAGCAAGAGUAUCGUGAGCUAUAUCGCAGCGAGCUUAGAUAGAGGCAGGGCUUUCUAUUAAACGAACGAACAAUCUUAAUA